AAACUUCCCAACUGAGUGAAGCUGCCUUUCUUCCUGAACAUUGAGCUGAAGAAUUUUAUCAUGGGCCAGCAACUCUCAAGCCAGACACACACAGUUAUUAAUAAGUUACCCGAAAAAGUAGUCAAGCAUGUAUCUCUGGUUCGAGAAAGUGGCUUCCUGACAUAUGAAGAGUUUUUGGGCAGAGUUGCUGAACUUAAUGAUGUGACUGCCAAGUUGGGUUCUGGUCAGGACAAGCAUUUGUUAUUUGAGGUGCAGCCAGGCUCUGACUCGUCAGCACUCUGGAAGGUGGCUGUUCGAAUAGUGUGUACUAAGAUAAACAAGACAAGUGGCAUUGUUGAAGCGUCAAGAAUCAUGAAUCUGUAUCAGUUCAUUCAGCUUUAUAAAGAUAUCACAAGUCAAGCGGCGGGUGUUCUUUCUCAGAACACUGACUCAGAAGGAGCUGCAGAGGAUCUGUCAUCUGUUUCAUCUUGUCAGGCCAGCAUUUGGAUGGGAAGGGUGAAACAGCUGACUGAUGAGGAAGAAUGUUGCAUCUGCAUGGAUGGACGCGCUGAUCUGAUCUUGCCGUGUGCUCACAGCUUUUGCCAGAAAUGCAUUGAUAAAUGGAGCGGCCAUCACAGAAAUUGUCCGAUAUGUCGUCUGCAGGUGACAGCAGCAAAUGAUUCCUGGGUGGUAUCAGAUGCACCUACAGAAGAAGAUAUGGCUACCUACAUACUCAACAUGGCAGACGAGGCAGGCCAACCUCACAGGCCAUGACCCUAGCAAUAUUCCAUAAUCACAAAAUGUCUUUAAGAUUUC